GCUUUCAAUAUUUACCUCGUGUUCACACUCUCGGCGAGUCGGUGGCCAGAGGGCUAGCUAACUCUCAAUUGCUAUGAAAAUUGGCUAGAAUUUCCCGGCUUAAUGGCAUGCAUUGCACUGUUACUAUCCAUAGGAGAUGAUGUAGUACCAGCCUGAGUACCAAGUUGGUUUCAAAGUUUUACGUACAAGCUAGUCAGACUCGGUCCGGAGCAGGUAGAGCUUCGACAAGGAGUUUCUCGUCUCUCAAAAGAACAGAUCAUGAUUUGAAACCGUCUCGUCGAACCCAACGAUCAUGUCAUCCACCAGCAGGAACGUCAUCCCCACCGAAGACGAAGUCAGGAAAGCUAUUAUCGAACUGAAAAAAGGCAACCCUGCCUCUGGCGUCGCCAAAAUCCACAGCCUCUUACUUCACACAAAUUCAUCAUGGACGGUCAGCGAAAAACGCGUCCGAAAGAUCUUGCAGAGUGAAGGGCUCAUCAAUUCGGACCCUGGGACGCCCAACAGUACAACCAACAUCAUCCAUCCAUCUUUUCGCCUCAAUAAAAGCCUUGAUGUCAACAAGUGGACCAAUAGGGUAGAAGUCAAGUACUUCGACGCGAUCAAGGGCAAGGGCCUCGUUGCUAAAGAAAAUAUAGCAAAAGGGGAUGUUCUAUGGAAAGAGGACCCCUUCAUCCUGGCCCCAGAAUGGGAGAUCUAUGAUCUUCAGCACUUAUCUGAGGCGUGCUCCUUCUGCUCGUCCAUCAUCCGCGAUCCUUCCCCGUUGCAUAUAUCCUGCGAGGCCUCCACAACCGCAACUCCCUGCACGGCCAGAUACUGCAAUAGACUCUGUCGUCUGCAAGCAGAAAAGGUACACCCUCUCCUAUGUUCCGCACGCAAUCCCGCAUCUGUACCACUCCUUACCUUCGCAAGAGAUGCGCAGUGGAUGGCCCUGCAUGCUCUCGUGCAGUGCACCAGCCGACUUUUACUGGCUUCUCAGCAGGAUGCUGCAACGUUCGACUUGGACUGGGAAGUAGUCCAGGGCCUCGCUGAGCUUGGGAUGGAAGAACGUGCUCAGUGUCUUCGCGAGCAGGGAUUAGAGCCCGAUCGUGAAAAUUGGCGGAGAGCCUUUGAAUUGUAUUUGCAAGCAUUCAAAGAACCUCGGACACCUGCAGAACAGAAAAAACUCGCACGCGUCUUGAAAAAGCCAAUUUCCGAAGAGCUACAGAAAUUUACUUUCGAAUAUCAGGCCUUCUUACGUGGCUUGGGCCGCAUGAGUCUCAAUCUGGAGGCCCAUGGUGGACUGUACAGGCUGCACUCUCACCUUAACCACAGUUGCACUCCCAAUGUUUCGAUAAGACACUUGGAUCAGCGCACCGCGCUCUCGCGCAUCACAGUGAUCGCAAAGGAGGAUUUCGAAAUAGGACAGGAGCUCCUUAUUACAUACACCAACCCCCAGAGCAGUCUCAGGGAUCGACGCCGGAGAUUAUCAGAAUGGGGAUUCGGACCUUGCCGCUGCAAGCGCUGUGUUACGGAAGAGAAGGUUUGGAAGGAAUCAGAUAGCAACACCCAGGAAGCAGACGAUCUCGCAGAUCAGCUCAAAGCCGGUCUAGGAGUGCUAUAGGAUGUGUCAUUGAAUAAUCGGCCACUAGGAUUAAUUUCCGUUAAGCAAGUGUCCGUGAUCCCCGUGCUCUUUUGUAGUCGCAACGUUCUGGUUCCAUCGUCGCUAUUACAGGCAUUCACAGAUCGGAUCACUUUCUUCAAGCUUCAAGAUUUGGAUCUUCCGUUCCAUCCAUCGGAAGACAUUCAUUCCUAUCAGAAUCAAUGUGGUAAACUCGUGUGGUGCAAUAUAUUUUGUCACCGCUGAUAAACUAUAUCUCAUUCAGAUGACUAUAUCCCCGUAUGUGGCCCAGUCUGGGUCGAUCUCCUCAUUCCGCAAACUACCGGAAUGACAUGACAUACAAGCAACCUGUGUUCUUGA